AUGCAUUUGCUAUCGAAUCCAUUAUAUUCUAAAUUUUACGAUUUGGUGAAGCGGAAAGAAAUAUCCUUAUUGAUGGUGACUGUAUUACCAACUUUAUCACCAUUGGCACAGCGACGAAUUCUGUCGGUUCUGGAUGAUUGCCCCGAAAAUGCGGAAAAUCGAGGGGCUGUUGCAUUUGUUAGAAAUGUGGAACCAAUACUACAGAAUGGACCUCAAUGUGGCCUUGUUGCUGUCCAAAUGGUUGCUCAAGCAUACGGUCUUCCAAUCCGAAACAUGGAAGAAAUCUUCUAUCAUGCUAAGCAAAAAGGAUACACAAACUAUGGUGAAAUGUUUUCCGCUGAUUGGUUAGCUGAUGUUGCGGUUUCGUUGUGGCCAAUGUUAGAUGUAACAGUCGAGAACAUUCCAUCUACAAUUCGAAUGGAGCAGUUCAUUCAAGAAAAUGCGUUGUUAUUAAUACCAUAUGAUUGUGACAAGAAUCAUCAACCAUGUAAUCGAGGGGGACAUAGUGCUCAUUGGUGUCUUGUUAUAGGAUUUCUUUGCCCUGUAAAAGAAUUGGUAACGAUAACAUGGAAUACGGCAAUUGCUCAUACCUGUUCCAAAGCUACACACGUGUUUUGUAUUCAUGGCAAAAGUCGUCAUCUAGCUGUCUGGAAGUAUUCACAACUUGUUGCUAGUAAUUUUAAUCUACGUGAAGCAUCAAGGAAAAUGAUCGAUUAUGUGAUACCAUCAAGUGACCUUUCAACACUUCGAAAUCGUUGUCUCGUUGUUCGUUGUCACCGUGAUACCACUGCUUUUAAUGCUAUUACCUAG